AUGGCCCACUUCAGAGAGGCUUUGGAUGUUAGUGAGUUGUAUGAUAUAGGUUGGUGUGGGGAUAAAUUCACAUGGAGCAAUAGACAUAGUGAUGAGACCUUUACAAAAGAAUGCUUGGAUAGAGCUGUGGCCAAUAGCAGGUGGAAUGGAAUGUACUUGGAAAGUUCUCUCGAGGUAAUGACAUCAAGGUGUUUUGACCAUAGGCCUAUUCUACUACACUGUAAAAGACCCUUAUCCAGCGGAAGAGUUUAUAGGAAUGUCUUCAAAUAUGAAGCUUAUUGGGCAUUGGAAGAGGAAUGUGGAAUAGUCAUUAAGGCAGAAUGGAAGAAGGGCAUUGAAGGGAGGGAGUCUGUGCUCAAGGUACAAGGUCUGCUCAAGAGUUGUAGUCAAGUAUUGGGGAGAUGGAGUAAGCAAUGUGCUAAAGACAGAGGAAAAGAAAUAAAAGAGAUGACCGAGAGAUUAAAACAACUACAAGUUGAAGAAGGGGGACAUAAUACAAUGGAGAUAAAGAGAUUUCAGGAGGAGAUGGGCCUAUUGAUGGAUCAAGAAGAUUUAAAAUGGAAACAAAGGGCAAAAAAGAACUGGUAUCAGCGUGGGGACAGAAAUACCAAGUACUUCUAUGCCUGUGCAACUCAGAGGAGGAGGAAGAAUCUUAUUAAGCAGAUUUAUAAUAGCCAGAACAGACUGGUUCAUGAGCCAGUUUACAUAUACUGGGGUUAG